GCGGGGCUGCGCGCGGGGCUCGGCCGGCCUCGGCUAGUCUCGGAUGCGCUCGGAAGGCUGCGGUAAAUCCCGGCUUGCGGUGGCUGGCAGAGGCUACGGCCCGGUGGUCCCCGCCGUGCACCCGGAGCCCCGAGAGCCAUGCAGAUGUCCUACGCCAUCCGGUGCGCCUUCUACCAGCUGCUGCUGGCCGCGCUAAUGCUGGUGGCGAUGCUGCAGCUGCUCUACCUGUCGCUGCUCUCCGGACUGCACGGGCAGGAGGAGCAAGAACAAUAUUUCGAGUUCUUCCCGCCUUCCCCGCGGUCCGUGGAUCAGGUCAAGUCGCAGCUCCGCACCGCGCUGGCCUCCGGAGGAGUCCUGGAUGUCAGCGGCGAUUACCGCGUCUACAGGGGCCUGCUCAAGACCACCAUGGACCCCAACGAUGUCAUCUUGGCCACGCACGCCAGUGUGGACAACCUGCUGCACCUGUCAGGGCUACUGGAGCGCUGGGAGGGCCCGCUGUCCGUAUCUGUCUUCGCGGCCACCAAGGAAGAGGCGCAGCUGGCCACGGUGCUGGCCUACGCGCUGAGUAGCCACUGCCCCGACAUGCGCGCCAGGGUCGCCAUGCACCUCGUGUGCCCCUCGCGGUAUGAGGCCGCUGUGCCCGAUCCCCGGGAGCCUGGGGAGUUUGCCCUGCUGCGCUCCUGCCAGGAGGUUUUUGACAAGCUAGCCAGGGUGGCCCAGCCCGGGGUCAAUUAUGCCCUGGGCACCAACAUCUCCUACCCCAAUAACUUGUUGAGGAAUCUGGCUCGAGAAGGGGCCAACUAUGCCCUGGUGAUUGAUGUGGACAUGGUGCCCAGCGAGGGGCUCUGGAGAGGCCUGAGGGAAAUGUUGGAUCAAAGCAACCAGUGGGAAGGUAUGGCCCUGGUGGUGCCUGCUUUUGAAAUCCGCCGAGCCCGCCGGAUGCCCAUGGACAAGAACGAGCUGGUGCAGCUCUAUCAAGUGGGUGAGGUCCGGCCCUUCUAUUAUGGACUGUGCACGCCCUGUCACGCACCCACCAACUAUUCCCGCUGGGUCAACCUGCCAGAAGAGAGCUUGCUGAGGCCUGCCUAUGCAGUGCCUUGGCAGGAUCCCUGGGAGCCGUUCUAUGUGGCUGGAGGCAAGGUGCCCACCUUUGACGAGCGGUUUCGGCAGUACGGCUUCAAUCGAAUCAGUCAGGCCUGUGAGCUGCACGUGGCAGGGUUUAAUUUUGAGGUGCUGAAUGAAGGUUUCCUGGUUCAUAAGGGCUUCAAGGAAGCACUGAAGUUCCACCCCCAAAAGGAGGCUGAAAAUCAGCACAACAAGAUCCUUUACCGCCAAUUCAAACAGGAGUUGAAAGCCAAGUACCCCAACUCGCCCCAUCGAUGCUGAGUUUCCCCUCCCCUGGUCUGAGAAGUUCCAGCCCUCUGGCUCCUCAGGCCUGACUGGGGUAAGAAAUGUCACUCCACUUGACAGAGGUAACUGUGGUUCCGGACACUGGACUUGAACAUAGGGUGCUGGGAGCAAGUCCUAGCUUUACCACUAACUAGCUGUGUGGCCUUGAGCAAAUCCUGCUACCUCUCUGAGCCUCUGUUAGUCUGUGGAAAGGGAGGUGACCGUACCUACCUCACAGAACUGUUGGCCGGCUCAGAGGAGAUGCUGUAUGUGAAAACAUUCUGUAUGCUUCGUAAAAUGUGAAGUAUUAAUAUUAUUACAGUGUUAUUAUUGCUAUUACUAUUAUUAUGAUUAACAAUCUUGGGUGGGUUGCAGCAGAGCACAAAGUAUGAAUGAGAUAACUUAAUGGACUUAAUGAAGUGGACCUUUGGAAAGGCAAGUUCUCAGAUCUGGGGUAGAACCCAAGUUUCAGGGUUCUCCCACGCCCUCGCCCUCGGCGCUUCCUGCAGCAGGGAAGGGUCUGCAGGCCCUGGGAGUGGAAGUCUGGGAUCGGUGCCCUCCUGCAGGCUGGGCUGCGCGGAUGACAGUGUAAAUAAAGGCGUUCACACCCA